CUAGUGACUGCUGUGCCCUGACCAAGCUUCCUUUGAUAAGUGAGCAUUUCUGAGAGAGCUGAGGCUAGUGGUUCCUCCCUUCUUCCUACCGGUGCUUCCACUUGGUUUGACCUGGGCUGAAGUCUGAGGGGCAGCUCCUAAGUGUCUGAGUACCCUUAAGAACCUCUAGUGGUUUAUGAUCCAGACUUUGCCCCAUCAGAUCAGUCUUCUGAAAGAUUUUUCCCCUGGACUCUGCUCCACAUGCUUUAAAUUCAGGAGAGGAAAAUGUGUUGAGCCUGCCUGGAGGAAAGUAUUUGCUGCUAACCAAGAUCUCCUCAUCACAAAAUUAAUGUGGGCUAUGAAGCCAGGUCACCUCCUUUGGGCUUUGCUGUUCAUGCAAUCAUUGUGGCCCCAACUGACUGAUGGGAUCACUCGAGUCUACUACCUGGGUAUCCGGGAUGUGCAGUGGAACUAUGCUCCCAAGGGAAGAAAUGUCAUAACGAACCAGCCUCUGGAAAGUGACAUAGUGGCUUCCAGCUUCCUAAAGUCUGACAAGAACCGGAUAGGAAGAAUUUACAAGAAGACCAUUUAUAAAGAAUAUAAGGAUGACUCAUAUGUGGAUGAAGUGGCCCAGCCAGCCUGGUUGGGCUUUUUGGGGCCAGUCUUGCAGGCUGAGGUGGGAGAUGUCAUCCUUAUCCACUUGAAGAAUUUUGCCACUCGUCCCUAUACCAUUCAUCCCCAUGGCGUUUUCUAUGAGAAAGACUCUGAAGGCUCCCUAUACCCAGAUGGCACCUCUGGAAGGCUGAAAGCUGAUGACUCUGUUCUCCCAGGGAGCAGCCAUAUCUACAACUGGACCAUUCCAGAAGGCCAUGCACCCACCAAUGCUGACCCAGCAUGCCUCACCUGGAUCUACCAUUCUCAUGUAGAUGCUCCUCGAGACAUUGCUACUGGCCUCAUAGGGCCCCUCAUCACCUGUAAAAGAGGAGCCCUGGAUAGGAAAUCCCCUCCUCGGCGACAAGAUGUGGACCAUGAUUUCUUCCUGCUCUUCAGUGUGGUAGAUGAGAACCUAAGCUGGCAUCUUGAUGAGAACAUUGCCACUUACUGCUCAGAUCCUGCCUCAGUGGACAAAGAAGAUGAAGCCUUUCAGGAGAGCAACAGGAUGCAUGCAAUCAAUGGCUUUGUUUUUGGGAAUUUACCAGAGCUAAACAUGUGUGCACAGAAGCAUGUGGCCUGGCACUUGUUUGGCAUGGGCAAUGAAGUGGAUGUCCACACAGCUUUUUUCCAUGGACAGAUGUUGACCACCCGUGGGCACCGCACUGAUGUGGCUAACAUCUUUCCAGCCACUUUUGUGACUGCUGAGAUGGUGCCCCAAAAACCUGGUACCUGGUUAAUUAGUUGUCAAGUGAACAGUCACUUUCGAGAUGGCAUGCAGGCACUCUACAAGGUCAGGACUUGCUCCAUGGCCCCUUCUGUGGAAAAGCUCACAGGCAAAGUUCGGCAGUACUUCAUUGAGGCCCAUGAGAUUCAAUGGGACUAUGGCCCGAUGGGACAUGAUGGGAGUACUGGGAAGAGUUUGAGAGAGCCAGGCAGUGACUCAGAUAAGUUCUUCCAGAAGAGUUCCAGCCGAAUUGGGGGCACUUACUGGAAAGUCCGAUAUGAAGCCUUCCAUGAUGAGACAUUCCAGGAGAAGGUACAGGUGGAGGAAGAUAAGCAUCUUGGAAUCCUGGGGCCAGUGAUCCGGGCUGAGGUGGGGGACACUAUCCAGGUGGUCUUCUACAAUCGUGCCUCCCAACCAUUCAGUAUUCAGCCCCAUGGAGUCUUUUAUGAAAAAGAUUAUGAGGGCACUGUGUACAAUAAUGAGUCAUCUCACCCUGGCUUGGUGGCCAAGUCCUUUGAGAAAGUAACAUACCGCUGGACAGUCCCUCCCCAUGCUGGUCCUACUUCUCAGGAUCCUGCUUGUCUCACAUGGAUGUAUUUCUCUGCUGUAGAUCCCAUUAGAGAUACAAAUUCUGGCCUAGUGGGCCCUCUACUGGUGUGCAAGGCUGGCGCCUUGGGUACAGAUGGCAAGCAGAAAGGAGUGGAUAAAGAAUUCUUUCUCCUUUUCACGGUGUUGGAUGAAAACAAGAGCUGGUACAGCAAAGACAAUCAAGCAACUGCUAUGUUGGAUUUCCGACUCCUCUCAGAGGAUAUUGAGGGCUUCCAAGACUCCAAUCGGAUGCAUGCCGUUAAUGGGUUUCUGUUCUCUAACCUGCCCAGGCUGGACAUGUGCAAGGGUGACAUGGUGGCUUGGCACCUGCUUGGCCUGGGCACAGAGACUGAUGUGCAUGGGGUCACGUUCCAGGGCAACACCGUGCAGCUUCAUGGCAUGAGGAAGGGCGCAGUUAUGCUCUUUCCUCACACCUUUGUCCUGGCUAUCAUGGAGCCCGACAACCUUGGGACAUUUGAGAUUUACUGCCAGGCAGGCAGCCACCGAGAAGCAGGGAUGAAGGCAAUCUACAAUGUCUCCCAGUGCCCUGGCCACCAAGCUACCCAUCACCAACACUACCAAGCUGCAAGAAUCUAUUACAUUAUGGCAGAAGAGGUAGAAUGGGACUAUUGCCCUGACAGGAGCUGGGAACUGGAAUGGCAUAACCAGUCUGAGAUGGACAGUUAUGGUCACAAUUUCCUGAGCAACAUGGAUGGGCUUCUGGGUUCCAGAUACAAGAAAGCUGUAUUCAGGGAAUACACUGAUGGUACAUUCAGGAUCCCUCAGCCAAGGACUGGACCAGAGGAGCACUUGGGAAUUUUGGGCCCACUUAUCAAAGGAGAAGUUGGAGAUAUCCUGACUGUGGUGUUUAAGAAUAAUGCCAGCCGCCCCUACUCUGUGCAUGCCCAUGGAGUGCUAGAAACUAGUAUUGGCUGGCCACUGGCUGCUGAGCCUGGUGAGGUACUCACUUACCAAUGGAACAUCCCAGAGAGAUCUGGUCCUGGGCCCAAUGACUCUGCUUGUGUCUCCUGGAUCUAUUAUUCUGCAGUGGAUCCCAUCAAGGACAUGUAUAGUGGCCUGGUAGGGCCUUUGGUUGUCUGCCGAAAGGGCAUUCUGGAGCCCCAUGGAGGACGAAGUGACAUGGACCGGGAAUUUGCCUUGUUAUUUUUGAUCUUUGAUGAGAACCAGUCUUGGUAUCUUGAGGAAAAUGUGGCGACCCAUGGGCCUCAGGACCAUGUUGACCUACAGGAUGAAACUUUCUUGGAAAGCAAUAAAAUGCAUGCCAUCAAUGGGAAACUCUACGCCAACCUCAAGGGUCUUACCAUGUACCAAGGAGAACGAGUGGCCUGGUAUAUGCUGGCUAUGGGUCAAGAUAUUGACCUACACACUAUCCACUUUCAUGCAGAGAGCUUCCUCUAUCGGAAUGGAGAGAGCUAUCGGGCAGAUGUGAUAGAUUUGUUUCCAGGAACUUUUGAGGUUGUGGAAAUGGUGGCCAGCAAUCCUGGGACAUGGCUGAUGCACUGCCAUGUGACUGACCAUGUCCACGCUGGCAUGGAGACCCUCUUUACUGUUUUGUCCCAAACAGCACACCUAGGUACCAUCACCACCAUCACCAAAGAGAUUGAAAAAGCAAUCUCCAGAGACAUCGGAGAAGGCAGUGUGAGAAUGCUGGGCAUGCAGAUCCCAAUAAAGAAUGUUGAGAUGCUGACUUCAGUUUUGAUUGGCAUGAGUGUCAUCCUUCUGCUCAUUGCUCUGUGUCUUGGUGGUGUGGUUUGGUAUCAAUAUCGGCAGAGAAAACUGCGACGCAAUAGGAGGUCCAUUCUGGAUGACAGCUUCAAGCUUCUGUCUCUCAAGCAGUGAUACCUGGAGCCUGAGGAUAUCCUCAGGAAGCAUAUGUGGAAUGCACUCCCAGCAGGUCAUGGACUAGCAGCUAACCCCACUGUCAAAGGGGCAUGGGUGGUGGAGAGGCAGAGGAGGAAAUCAAACUUAUCUGGGUAUUUCUUCAUUUAUUUAUUUUCAUGGAAAUAGUAUGAUUUCACCUUUUCUUUAGUUUCUUUGCUCCACUUGGGUACCUGGAGCUAGGUGAGUACCAUAGUAUGCUAUAUCACAAAUUUCAGCAACUAUAUUAUAUCAUCUUCUGUUGCUUGGAAGGUCUGGAAAAUUCUAGAAAACAAUCCUUCUCACAAAGUAGAUACCAAGAUUAAAAACUCAUUGAUUAGCUUUCCAUUGCUUUUCAGGACCCAGACAAGUUCACUUUGAGCUGAAGCCACAUGAGCUGUGACAAUAAUCCACAUCUAAACUAAGGGCUAAGAGGAUAGGCAUGAUGAGGUAGAGUGGGAAUUACUAAUCCAAAUUGAAUUUUGAUUCUUCUUGGCAGUGAACUGUUUCGGACAAGUGGUAGAUGGGUUGUUGCUGAUAUGACAGUCUACAAUAUCUGGAGCCAGAAACUCCUCAGAAAACUAGUCUUCCGUUUCUAUACCGUGGCCCUGAAGGGAAUGUUGAAUGGCUUCUCCGUGAUCUAGGCAGAAAAUCCUGUCUAUUAAAGUACUUUUUAGAACACUGAAA